AUGGAUACCGUAAUGUCGCAACUCAGCGAAAACCCAGCAUUGGCGGCUGCCUGUGGCGUGAUUGUGGUCUUGUUGACCAUUAUGGCCACACAAGGAUCGGGCAACAAGCAGGCAGCAGAUCCACCGGCUGCUGCGGCUCCCUCUUCGACUAGUAGUAACAAGAAGAAGAAGAAAAAAGCCAACAAGAAGAAGGGUAAAGCCAAUGGAUCGGCAGCUCCUGCCCCGGCGGUCGAGGAAGAGGAGGACGACGAAGAAGAAGAGCCAGAGGAAGAACCCGCUCCGGCUCCUGCUCCUAGCAAAAAGAAGAAAAAGAAAAAGGCGGCUGCCAAAGCUCCUGAGCCUGAACCAGAGCCUGAACCUGAACCCGUGGUCGAGGAACCCGAGCCAGAGCCCGAACCGGAACCCGUUCCAGCAGCCGCGCCUUCGACUACCAGCGGAACGAGCAAAAAGAAGAAGAAGAAAAAGAAGAAAAACAAUGCCGCCGCCGCUUCUGCCACUGACAAAAAGGAAGAGAAACCCGAAGAUGUGGACGGAUCGGACGACGACGAUGCCGAUGCCCUCGCGACGUUUGCCAAGGGAUCUCGCGACAAGAAUAAGAAGAAAAAUGGAAAGACCGACGACGACGAUUGGAAUGUCAUUAACAAAAACAAGGGAAAAGGCAAAAAAGCCGCUGCUGCUGCUGCCGAAGCUGCCAAGUCUGCUGACGAUGCCGAAGAAAGUGCUGACAACAACAAGCCCGAAUUCUUGCAAAUGGAUAUCAAGGCAGAAGAGAUUCCCACCAUUAUUGGACCCAAGGGAACCACCAUUCAGCAGAUUCAGUUGGAAACUGGUACCAGUGUCGACAUUGACAAGGGAUUCGGUCUAGUCAAGGUCAAGGGUGACGACGAAGAAAAGAUGAAGGCUGCUCUACAAAUGAUUCGAGGAAUUUUGGAUGCCAAGAAGGCCAAGACUGCUCACUCUGCCACACUUGCCGGUGCCGAAAUCAAGGGAUCCGACGGAGUCAAGGCUAUUAUUGGAAAGGGUGGAUCCAUGAUCAAGGAAAUUCAGUCAUCCACAAGCUGCAAGAUUGAUGCUGACAUUGAUAAGGGAACCGUCACUAUUGCCGGGCCCUCCGAGGCUGCCGUCAAGGAUGCCGUCCAAAAGUGCAAGGAUGCCGUCUUUGGAGCAUCCAACUGUACCAUGGAUCUAAAGAGCAAGUCCAUGGUCUUUUGCAUCUGCGGUCGCUCCUUCCAAUUGUUGCAGGCACUCCAGACCGAAACCGGCGCUCGUCUCGACAUGACCGGAACCGUUCUCACCAUUAGUGGUGACGUCGAAAAGGUCCAGGCCGCCUUUUCCAUCAUCUCGGCCAAAAUGGUACGCUGCAAGGGCGUUAGCCUCGUCAUUGACAAAAACAUUGGAGCCGUCAUGGGAAAGGGGGGCACCAACAUUCGUCAAAUCCAGGACAAGACCGGUGCCUUUAUCGAAAUAUCCAACGAAGGAGAGUGCAAAAUCAUUGGAGAACCCGAUGCCGUCAAGACCGCAGAAACUUCCGUCCGCAAGGCCAUGGCGGGAGAAAUUGAACUCAAGCCCGGUGAAGUCCUCGAAAAGGUCCAACUCGGUGUUGGAACCUCCAUGGUCAUUGGAACCGGAGGAAGCAAGAUCAAGGAGCUCCAGAAGGAACAUGGAGUUCAGAUCAACGUGCAACUCACCACUGCCACCCUCGUUGGAAAGAAGGAUUCGGUUGCCGCCGCCAAGAAGGCCAUCUUGGCCAUUGUUACUCCCCUCAUUGAAAGGGCCAAGGCCGAAGAAGAGGCUCGCAAGGAGUCUGAAAAGUUGGUAGCUGCUGGAGACACGACUUGGACCGGGGACGGCAAGAACGACGAUGCGGAUGGUUGGUAA